AUGGCGUCACGAUCCUUGUUCGUCGUACCAUCUCUUAUUCCAUUCACCUACUCUCUUCUUGUUGUUUCGUGUCUGACAUCCAAGUUCCUACAUCUUGCGUUGCAUUGGCGUUCUGUUUCUCUUGUGCACUUUAUCAUAUUUCUGCCUACGCUGUUCUUCUGGGAUAUCUUGGUCUUAGUCAUAGUUGACAAAGACAGAGUCCUGACGUAUGGAGCAUCUGCAAUCCAGAUCGGCUUCUUCUGGGAGACCGGUUCGCAGGUAGAAUGGGGAGCAAGUAGUAGCUUCCUUCGCGAUCCAGCAGCCAUGAAGAUAUUGUUCAGUGGCACCAAGACACAACGUCUGGAGUACCCAUUUCCAAUGCUUACUGCGCCAGAUCGAUGGCAAUCGCCUUCCGGCUACUCUCCUGGUUUGACGCCAGGGAACCACUCAUCAUUAGUGCGCCCAGAAUGGCUACCAGAGAAUCCCCCGUCAGGGUUUGAUCGUUGGUUGACGGACGUUCAGCGUCAUGAAAGAAUCAAGAAUGGAGAAAAGGAUAAACCGAAUCAAUGCAUGAGAGAACAUAAAACCUAUAACGCUGUGACGGAUUCAACAAAAAUCUCUAAUCUUCAAGAGGCCGUUUAUCCUGUGUUAAAAGAUGCCUUCAACAAAAAUGCAAUUCAAAUCGAGCAUAUAGUCAUGUUGGUGCUAGAAAGUACAAGGAAAGAAGUCUUCCCAAUGAAAGAAGGGUCGUUCCUGUACGACACGAUAGUCUACUCUCACGAUGAAGAUGCCCGGGACACGAUCAUCGAUAAACUUGCCAUACUAACCCCGACAGCACAAAUGCUUACUCGAGAUUUUGCGACGAAUAGUACGGGCGAUAAGAUGAGGUUUGACAACGACGACGUCAAAUGGGUAGACCGGAUACCGUUAGAUAUGGGUGGCAUCAACGUCAAAGGGGCUUUGACAGCUAGUUCACUGACAUUGAAGAGUUUGCUGGCACUUCAUUGCGGCGUGAUGCCGUUACCGGUUGACAUGCUCGAGGAGUCGCUAUUGGAAGUUUAUCAACCAUGUUUGCCGCAUAUAUUGAGUCUGUUCAACACGAAAAAGUUGGCUGACAAGGGGAAGCAUGCAAAUAAUGAAUCUCAGCUUGUCCGAGAAAGGCCCUGGAAAUCGGUAUUUAUACAGUCAUCGACAGAUUCAUACGACCGACAGAGCAAUUUGACCCAGCAACUCGGCUUUGAUCAGAACAUAGUCAAAGAGACUAUCGAGGAUCCUUCGGCGACACAUUAUCCGCCCAAGACGAAAGUUCUCAAUUACUUCGGGUACUCCGAAGACGAAAUAGAGUCGUACAUGAAAGAUCUCGUCUUCGAAGCGGCAGAGAACAAGACUCGCUUAUUCCUAUCGCAUUUGACACUCACAACGCACCAUCCAUGGGCGUAUCCGAGUACCUUCAAGGACGAGAAUUACUUCGGGCGAGAUCGAUGGAAUCAUCGAGAUAUGAAUUCGUAUCUCAACACGGUUCGGUACGGAGAUGCAUGGCUCGGUAAGAUCCUAGGAUAUCUGGAACAGGCCGGAAUUGCAAAUAGGACUCUUGUCGUAAUAGUUGGUGAUCAUGGACAAGCAUUCGAUGAGGAUGACGGGUUACAAGGCACAUUCGAAAAUUCCCAUAUCAGCAACUUCAGAGUACCACUGUUAUUUCGACAUGCUCAUUUACCUCACAUGGAUAUUGAAGCAAACGUAACGACGGGAAUGAACAUUCUUCCGACUGUGCUUGACAUGCUCGUAGAGAGCAAAUCACUAAACGAGGCGGAUAUAGAAAUUGCAAGAUCUCUGAUCCACGAAUAUCAGGGCCAGUCACUGCUCCGACCAUUCAUCAGUCGCGACGAUAGAAUCCGCCGUCGCGUAUGGAAUAUAGGCAUCAUCAACGCUGGCGGUAGCUUGGUAGCUGCCAUGUCGGCUGACCUUCCCUAUCGACUGAUUGUACCCAUUACUCGGCACGGGCAUGGGAUGAACGGCAAAAGGGAUAGCGAAACAUUAUUCGAGUAUCGAUUCACGCAUACACUUGUCGAUCCGCAUGAGCAAUCUCCACUGUCACAAUGGAUAUUCACUGAUCUACGCAAGGCGGUUAGAGAGGAAUACGGCGAGGAAGCUGAGGACUGGAUUGAGGAGGCGAGGAAGAUGGUUCAGUGGUGGGUGGUGGAGCAGAAGCGGAUAUGGAAUUAUUCAUGA